CAGCACUCUAAAAUUAUCUAAAGCUGCGGAACGGAUCGAGGUUAUGUGGUGUGUUUUUCGUGGUAGGGGUUUGGUGCAGAAACGCGAGCUCGCCGUUGACGGUGUGCGCGAGUUCCCGUGUGUAUCCUUACGCGCUCGAGCAGCCGUUAAGAUCUGCGCGCUGAUUGGCUGCAGCCAAGGAGGACGCUUUAAUACUUAUGGUGCUGUGGUUGGCUGCAGACUGUAAAGGUUCAAGCUAUUUUUUUUACAGCUUAGUGUCUGUGGCACCGUAAUUAAUUGUAGCUAGCCGUCUCUUAUCGAUGCGUUUGGAAGGAACAUGAAAUAACUGUUGUGUUGUGGUGGUUUUUUUUUUUCCUUUUUUAAUCAAAGGACUUUUACCGGUCGGCCUUAGAGAUUAGAGAUCCACUUGUGCUGCUUCUGCUGCUGCUGCUCUUUACUGCUACUACUGUUGGUUGCUAUUUCUACCUUUACGUGUAAUGUUGGAUAUGGGAGAACGGAAAGAAGUGAAAAUGAUUCCCAAAUCAUCGUUCAGUAUAAACAGCCUGGUGCCUGAAGCGGUCCAAAGUGACAACCACCACAGGACCAUCAACGAAGAAGAAGAGAAAAUCCCUUUACCAAUCGCACAGGAGGCGAAGUCGGAGAACACUUGCUCUAAAAGUGACAAUCCCGAACCAACUUGCACGGACGAUAAGGAAAAACAGGAGGAAAAAAAAGACUCCAAAGAGAGCGAGGGAGGCAAAGACGGCGAGAAGAAAAACGGCAAGUACGAAAAACCUCCUUUUAGCUAUAAUGCCUUAAUCAUGAUGGCCAUCCGGCAGAGUCCGGAGAAACGACUAACCCUGAACGGCAUUUACGAGUUUAUUAUGAAAAAUUUUCCAUACUACCGGGAAAACAAGCAGGGCUGGCAGAACUCCAUCAGGCAUAACCUGAGUUUAAACAAGUGCUUUGUCAAAGUUCCGCGGCAUUACGAUGACCCGGGCAAAGGGAACUACUGGAUGCUCGACCCUUCAAGCGACGACGUGUUCAUUGGGGGCACGACGGGAAAACUUAGGCGGAGAUCGACCACGUCGCGGGCCAAGCUGGCGUUCAAGCGCGGCGCACGUCUCACCUCCACCGGCCUCACGUUCAUGGAUAGAGCUGGCUCUCUCUACUGGCCAAUGUCGCCGUUCCUUUCGUUGCACCAUCCCAGGGCAAGCGGAGCCCUGAGCUACAACGGCACCUCCUCGGCCUACCCGAGUCACCCGAUGUCCUAUAGCACCAUGCUGACGCAGAACGGUUUGAGCAACAACCACUCGUUCCCGACCUCAAACGGUCUGAGUGUGGACAGACUCGUGAAUGGAGAGAUUCCCUACGCCACACAUCACCUGACCGCGGCUGCUCUGGCCGCAUCUGUGCCCUGUGGCCUCUCAGUGCCCUGCUCAGGGACCUACUCCCUCAAUCCGUGCUCAGUGAACCUGCUGGCGGGACAGACCGGCUAUUUCUUUCCCCAUGUGCCGCAUCCUUCCAUGGGUUCGCAAGGCAGCACGUCGAUGAGCUCCCGCACCGGUUCUUCUUCUUCGCCACAAGCUGCUGCGUCUCUCCCGUGUGAGUCUUUAAGGCCUACACUACCGAGCUUCUCAUCGGGACUUUCCGCCGGACUGUCUGAUUACUUCACACAUCAGAAUCAAGGCUCAACCUCCAAUCCUCUUAUACACUAACUUGUCAUCCCGAAGGAUGAAGACUUGACCCUGCACAAGAAAAUCUGUGCAAACAAAAGGAAGCGGCUGUCGUCUCUCCUUCCCCAUCUGGGCGGAACACGCAGGCCAUCGCCGCCAAUUUCACAGCCCAAUUAUCUACUUGCAUUCAGGGGAGUUGACUAAACAAACAGCGGCCCCGCUGCGCCCCGAGAGCUUGCCGAGUCACACGAGACCUCAGCGAGAUCAAUCCUAAACGCAGCAGCAACUCCGAGCAUCACCACUGCAUGCAUACGUUAUGGGCCAAUCGAUCACUAUACGCGCCUUAAAGCGAAUCCGUUUAUGCACCUGUUUACUUAUUUGUCCUCGACUUAAUUACGCACCCACUCAGUCUGAGUAUUGACCCAGCGUUGGGCCAAAGUUGUUUAUAGCAAUUAUGAGUCACGUUUCACUUUUCUUUUGGUUUUCUUCCUUCCUUCCCUCCCUCCCUCCAUCUCUCUCCCUUUUAUAAACCGCAUUGCCAGACUGUCGUGGUCAGACCACUGUCAAUUGCUCUUGUGCUGCUAUUAGGGCAGACAUGGCUUGGGCGCCUGAAAUGGGGAAAAAAUCAAUGCCAUUGUGAUUAGACCGAUGACAGCAAAUUCACAGUUUCAUCCGGGAGUGUUCAGACAGAGACGAGGUGUGCGGCAAAUAAGGCGCACUUGUCUGCACACAAAGAAAAAGUCCUCCCGUCUUUGUUUAUAAGGUGUAAAGAUUCGACAAUGAUUGCUGGCUUUCUGGAGACAUUCUGGCCGUUUUCAUCGUCAGCAUCGCAUGAAAGGAGAUUUUAGUGCAACUUUAUAAUCUUCUGCGACUUUUUUCUCCUAUACACGAUUUAAAUCAAUAAUUCACUAUACAUCUAAUUCAACUAAAAUGCGCCGACUAUUUAGCUGAACUUAUAAUAGUAUAUAUAAUAAUUUAUAUAAAAUAAUAAAUGCACAAUUGUAACAUAUUGUUUAAAACCCGAGUCAAUGCAAAAAAAAAAAAAAAAAGAACACAAUUCUGUCAAAAGUCAAAUUAUGGUCUUAAAAAAAGGAAAAGUAAAACUCAGCUAACCUAUUUUGACAUAUUUGUCACUACAGGGAGUUGAGCCUUUUGUUUAUUAAUCGCGUGAUCUUGUUUGGAGUAACUUUGCGGAACGGAAAAUGGAAACACCCCUCCUGCAUGCGGGGCGGAUAUUAUUAAGCAGCGUGGGGAGGCUCAGUUCACGUCACGCGGCCUUCCUGAGCUGAACGCGGCGGGACCGCGCGCGCGCUCUAACGGGCCAAUUGGCGUCGCGGAGCGCGCUUUUCUGCUUGCCAAUCGGCAGCGCUCCUCUUACUGCGGCUGCCAUGGCAACCCGCUCUUUAACCGGCAGCCCCCUCACAUUAUAGCGUCGCGCUCUUCCGUCGUGAUUGGUGACUCGGGGAACCAAACGAGGGGAGAGCUGUUUCCGCAAAACACGAGACAUCAUUUUGUGAGUGUGUGUGUGUGUGUGUGUGUGUGUGUGUGUCAAAGAAAAAAAAAGACAUCACUCGUCUCACGUUCCCGUGAUGAGGCACACAGAAAAGCAGACAGGAACAAGAUAAGACAAGGCCAGCUGCGAAUGUGAAUUUGCUCCGAGGCAUCUGUUUGGGGUUACAGUUGGGCAUAAAAUUGGAAUGGUGGCAACACAGUUUUGUUUAGUCUAGCUUAGUCGUGUGCUCAAACCAGCGCCACUGCAGUACACACUUACGUGUACAGAAGGGCCCACAUUCGCAAGGAAAAGCCACAAAGUUGUCCAGCAUUAUAAUACACUCAGAAAUAAAGGUAGGCCUACCAAAGUGUACUUUUCCUUGUCACUGGAUGACACCAUGAAGGGUGCAUCCUGUCUACCUUUCUACCAUUUUUACUACCUGGCAUGUUGUGUACUUUUAAUUUGCUUUUAGUAUAAAGUUUUAAAUCUGCAUCGGUGAUCCUUAGGGUUUAUUUAUGUGCUUUAAAAUAUUGUUGAGCAUAGAGUAUAUUUACAUAUUUGGGUUUAAGAACAUAGAAAAGGUAAAGAAAAAAAUGGCAUCACUUCAGGCGUAAGUAACAGUACAGAAUGGUGUCAUUAUACCUUAUUUGUAUAGCAUUAGCCUCUAGAUGCACACUAUUAUACUUUUAUUUAUUUAUUUUUAUUUUUUACAUUGUACAGCUUCCGGUAGCUCUGCAGUGUGGCUCGUCAUCUUAGCCCUGUGUUAUCACCAGCUCUGGCCAAGAAUGCUCUCAUAUAUCAACCUGCAGGCCACACUGAGCCAUUUUUGCCCAGUAAAGUGAUAUCACGGGGUGUCAUGCUGAAAAUUAGACUUGGAUUUGAGUGAAGAGACUCCCUCCACAUGGUGAACCUGCGUGCCAGAGAACCCUUUAUCCAACACAGAUGUGCUGAAAUAUAUACAAGAUUCAGACGAGUAAUCUGUGCAGACGAACCCAAAAAUUAAUCACGCCUGUUUAUGGUUAGUCUAGGGUUAUAAUGGGGUCAUCUAAACAUGUGAUUG